AUGCUGUUCGCAAUGGCCUUCGCAGGAUUGCGGUUCCUGCAGAUCGUCACCUUGAUUCCGACCAUGGGCAUGCUCGCCUGGUUUGUCGACGGCUUCGUCAAGGCCAAUGUCAUCGUCCCCAACUUCAUCCUCGUCCUCUUCAUCGUCUCCGUCCUCGCCCUCGCCUGGGCCAUCUUCACCCUCUUCAGCUACCACCGCAGCAGCACAAACGCCCUCUUCGUCGCCGUCAUUGACCUGGGCUUCGUCGGCGCAUUCAUCGCCGCCGUCUGGUACCUGCGCUUCAUCCGCCAUGUCGACUGCACCGACGUCUUCCGCGACGGCCAGUGGACCGCCAACGUCGGCGGCUUCCUCUCCCUCUCCGGCCUGCGCCUCGGCAUCACCACCAACAAACCCUGCGCCAUGCUCAAGGCUUCCUGGGUCUUCGGCAUCAUCAACUGCAUCCUUUUCUUCUUCACCGCCGUCCUCGCAUGGAUGCACGGCGACCACAUGUCCUCCAGCUACGAGCGCAAGUCCUACCACCACGGCCGUCACCGCCGCCAUCGCAGCCACAGCCACCACAGCCGUCGCAGCUCACACUCCCGCCGCGUUUACGUCUAA